AUGGUCGUUGCUGAGUAUGCUGUAAAGUUUGAGGAACUUGUGAAGUUUUAUCCAUACUACAAUGGUGCAGGUGUGGAGGGGUUGAAGUAUAUUAAGUUUGAAAACGGAAUGCAAACUUACAUUAAGCAAGAUACUGGCUAUUGGGAGAUUUGUGGGUUUCCUAUGCUGGGACACAUUAGUGCCAAUUGUCAAAAACCAAAGAAGGCACAAUUUGUAGGGAAGGUCUUUGCUUUGUCAGGUAUUCCAUUUAUAUCUAUUAUUGAUAUGGGUGAAACACAUUUAUUUGUUUCGCUUGAUCGUGCUGAUAGAUAUUAUACUUGGAAUAAACUGGUUGGAGUUCAACCGUGUUCAUAUCAACUGAUACGACAUGAUAUGUCAUUUCCAGAGUUUGAUGCAAGUGAUAAGUUAUUUGUGUAUGCUAAGAAAGUAUAUGACUUCAUGAAGGAUGAUAUCGAGGUGUUUAUGAUGUUAGCUUCUAUGAAGGAGAUAAGAAAAGAUGCAAUUGGUGGGCUACCAAUGGUGUGUGAUUUCCUUGAGGUGUUUCCAGAUGAUGCCAGUGAUUUGCCGUUGAAACACGAAGUUGAGUUUGCCAUAGACUUAGUACCUGAGUUUAGUGAACUGAAGAAGCAAUUGGAAGAGUUUCUUAAGAAGAAGUUUGUUCGACGGAGUGUUUCGUCAUGGGGUGAACCGUUGUUGCUAGUUAAGAAGAAAGAUGGUAACAUGAGGUUAUAUGUUGAUUAUGGACAACUGAACAAGGUGACUAUCAAAAAAUAUUAUUCACUUCCGAGUAUUGAUGAUUUGAUGGAUCAGAUAGUAGGUGCUUAUGUGUUUAGCAAGAUUGAUUUGUGUUCGGGUUAUCAUCAAAUUCAUAUAAAGUUUGACGAUAUUCUGAAGACUGUGUUCAAAAUGAGGUAUGGUCAUUAUGAGUAUUCAGUGAUGUCGUUUAAAGUUUAUAAUUCCCUUGGAGUGUUCAUGGAUUACAUGAAUAGAAUUUUCCAACUGUAUUUUGAUUAG